GAUGGGUGAUGCUGAGAGCUGCCUGCUCAGACAACAGACGCGCGAGGUCAGGAAGAAGCCGCUUAUAAAUUACCGCUUCCUCCGCGCCGCCGCCAGCGCCGAGCUCCGGGCCCUGGCCGCAGCCCCGCUCGCUCGCCAGCUCCGAGCCCCGAGGACCGCGAGCCCAGAGACCCAAGCCACGCGGAGAAGGAGCGCGGAGCGCGGAGCCCGCGGGCCAGAGACCGAGCAGGAGGGCACCCCCGGCCAGUGGAACCGAGUGCAGCCGAGCGCAGCGCCGCGGCCACCCCAGGUACCCGAGGGACAGGGAGCCGGGCGCGCGGAGCCCCCUCCCUAUCCCUGCGCUCCCGCCAGCCCGGACCUCCCCGCCAAGCCCCUCUCGCCACCGAGGGAGGGACGGAGGGUCGCCCGCGCAGACCCGCUGGUCCAGAACAACAGCCCUUGCUGAGGAGCCUCCAAAACGGCCAGGAUGGUACCUAAGGAGCAUGCCCUUGGCAGACAUUCCUAAUCGAUCCCAGCCCUCCUACUCACUGAGCCUGUCCCUUGCCUGGAGUUUGUGGACACAGCGCUGGAAGGAGCCCCUUUGGAUCUAUCAGAGAAGUCUGGGAGGCUCUCCCUGGCUGCUGGAGGAAGCCUCUGGUCCAGAGUGCCAUGUGUCCUGGCUAUCGAUGCCACUUCAUCAGCCUGCCCAGCCCGUCCCUAGGGCCCUGGGCCCCUGUCACCUCUGUAUCCUGUGGCUCCUCACUUCCCCGUCCACCAUCACCUACUUCUCUGAUGUGUCCAGUCCAGCGGCUUGAAGCUAACUUAAAGGCACCAGGCCUGAUGUCACUUUGUCAGCUUGCUAAAGCAGAAAGCGAGGAGGACAUGGCCACCAAGGAGAAGCUGCAGUGUCUGAAAGACUUUCACAAAGACAUCCUGAAGCCAUCCCCAGGGAAGAGCCCAGGCACGCGGCCCGAAGAUGAGGCCGAGGGGAAGCCCCCUCAGAGGGAGAAGUGGUCCAGCAAGAUCGACUUUGUGCUCUCCGUGGCUGGCGGCUUUGUCGGCUUGGGCAACGUCUGGCGUUUCCCGUACCUCUGCUACAAAAAUGGUGGAGGUGCAUUUCUCAUACCGUAUUUUAUUUUCCUGUUUGGCGGCGGCCUGCCUGUGUUUUUCCUAGAGGUAAUCAUAGGCCAGUACACCUCUGAAGGGGGCAUCACCUGCUGGGAAAAGAUCUGCCCCUUGUUCUCCGGCAUCGGCUACGCCUCCAUCGUGAUCGUGUCCCUCCUGAACAUAUACUACGUCAUCAUCCUGGCCUGGGCCACAUACUACCUGUUCCAGUCCUUCCAGUCGGAGCUGCCCUGGGCACACUGCAACCACAGCUGGAACACACCACAGUGCAUGGAAGACACUAUGCGCAGGAAUAAGAGCCUGUGGGUCACCCUCAGCGCCAACAACUUCACUUCGCCUGUCACCGAGUUCUGGGAGCGCAACGUGCUGAGCUUGUCUUCAGGAAUCGACGACCCUGGCUCCUUGAAGUGGGACCUUGCUCUCUGCCUUCUCCUUGUCUGGCUGGUCUGCUUCUUCUGCAUCUGGAAGGGCGUCAAGUCCACGGGGAAAGUCGUCUACUUCACGGCCACUUUCCCGUUCGCUAUGCUUCUGGUGCUGCUGGUCCGUGGACUGACGCUGCCCGGGGCAGGCGCAGGCAUCAAGUUCUAUCUGUACCCCGACAUCAGCCGCCUCGAGGACCCGCAGGUGUGGAUUGAUGCUGGGACCCAAAUAUUCUUCUCCUAUGCCAUCUGCCUGGGGGCCAUGACCUCUCUGGGGAGCUACAACAAGUACAAGUACAACUCGUACAGGGACUGUAUGCUGCUGGGAUGCCUGAACAGUGGUACCAGUUUUGUGUCUGGCUUCGCAAUUUUUUCCAUCCUGGGCUUCAUGGCACAAGAGCAAGGGGUGGACAUUGCUGAUGUGGCUGAGUCAGGGCCUGGCCUGGCCUUCAUUGCCUACCCAAAAGCCGUGACCAUGAUGCCGCUGCCCACGUUUUGGUCCAUUCUCUUUUUUAUUAUGCUUCUCUUGCUUGGACUGGAUAGCCAGUUUGUUGAAGUCGAAGGACAGGUCACGUCCUUGGUCGAUCUUUACCCAUCCUUCCUAAGGAAGGGUUUCCGUCGGGAAAUCUUCAUCGCCUUCGUGUGCAGCAUCAGCUACUUGCUGGGGCUGGCGAUGGUGACGGAGGGUGGCAUGUAUGUGUUUCAACUCUUUGACUACUAUGCAGCUAGCGGUGUAUGCCUUUUGUGGGUUGCAUUCUUUGAAUGUUUUGUUAUUGCCUGGAUAUAUGGGAUGUUUUAUCUUCUCUCUCGUCAAGUACAUCCCUCUGACCUACAACAAAGUCUAUGUGUACCCCACCUGGGCCAUCGGGCUGGGCUGGAGUCUGGCCCUGUCCUCCAUGAUGUGUGUCCCCUUGGUCAUGGUCAUCCGCCUCUGCCAGACGGAAGGGCCGUUCCUCGUGAGACUCAAGUACCUGCUGACCCCGAGGGAACCCAACCGCUGGGCCAUGGAGCGCGAGGGGGCUGCGCCUUACAGCUCCCGCCUGGCUGUGAACGGCGCCCUCAUGAAACCGACCCACAUCAUAGUAGAGACCAUGAUGUGAGCUCUCGGGCGGACGGGCUGCUUCCCUGCUGUUUACUAACAUUAGAUUCUCAUAGGACCAGGUUUACAGAGCUUUCUAUUUGCACUAGGAUUGUUUUUUUUAAUUGUCACAGAAAAUGUUACUCUGUGUGUGUGUGUGCGCGCGCGUAUGUGUGUGUGUUGGGGGGUGUGUGUGCGUGUGGUGUUGUGCGUAUGUGUAUUUUGUUUUGAUUUGGGGAUAUUUUGUACAAAAAGAAAACCCACCGGCAGAUGUCCGGGGCAAGGCAGAGCUUUCGUAUUGAAUUAGAUGUAUUUUAUGGGAACUUGGUAAAUUUCUCUUUGUAUUUUUUUUUACGUAUAAUUAUAUAUACAUUUAGAGAUUGUCAUACACUUUUACCACUUGAAUUGAUCUUCUUGCCAGCAAUAGAUCUCGUUUUCAAAAGCAAUUCUUCGGUGCUUGCGUAGCUGGCAGAAAGUUCUGCCCCCCAAAACACAGGGUGGGAUUUUCCUGGACAGCAGACCCAUUUUAAAGGUGUAGUACCUUCCCAACCUGGUUCACGUAGAAGCACACAGCUGGGGAAGGGGAGGCCCCACGAGCUGGCCAGACCCAGAGGGGCUGGAGAAAGGAGGGCCACGAGAAGAUGCUUCAUUACACUUGUCUUAGCCAAGAAGAGAGAUGCCAAAAUAAUGAAUCCACCCCUCACAUCAAGGGACUGACUUAAAGCAGACAGAUGAGGCCGGACAGCGAAAGUCUGAUUCUCUAUAAACCGUUGCACCAAGAGCAAAAUCCCACCUAAUACUUUGAGAUUGAGGGUGGAUAGUCAGAAGGACCGUCCGACAGAUUGUCAGAACCAUUCAUCCGAGGGGGGGCCCGGCAAGAGCUCGCAGGAGGGCUUGGUGAGGAUGGUGCCCCGACAUUCAGGAGCCCUCAGGAGGCUGCCGGCGUGGCUGCCGCCCAGGGCAUCCCAGGUAGAGGUCUGAGGCCCGCCCAGCAGGAGCUGGCGGUCUCGGGGUUCCAAACCUCACACAGAUGGGGCUGUUGCAUUUUAAUGGGGUUCUUUAACCUUAAAGAACCUGGCCACUCCCCAGCUGACAUCUCUUGCAGCUGUGUGGGGGAGAGAAGCAUGAUGUAUUCGGUGAGGGACGAGGGGUGGGCCGGUGGACCAAAGGGUGUGGGCCCAGGCAUUCAGGGAGGCCUGGUGUCAGGGAGGGGUGCUUUUCUUUCCUCAUCUCUACCCCCUCAGCUCUGUCCUCAUCUCCCAGAGGCUGGGAGACUCCUGACAAGCUCCCCGCCCAGGCUGCCCCAGCUCCUCGCUGGGAGUGCCAAGAGUGCUUUUGGAGGCUCCCCGAGUCUUGGAUUCGGUGAAGUGCUCCCAAACCCUCCUCCCCGUUCGGGCACAAAAGCAGCCCUUGGUGACGACUCAGGAGGUGGUGAGGCCCUUCACGUCACAACCCCUGCAGUAGCUGGUGUUAGAUGCACACUACAUGGGGACCGAGGAGAGGAGGUGAGGGAGUGUUUUUUAGAAAGGUGGGAUUGUUCGGGGGGCUGGCACCCCAGAACUGGUUUGACCAAGAGCCUGAUUGAGAGUGGCAUUCCCCUCUGAACCAGGAGGGAAGGUACUCCACCUUUAAAAUCCUGACACGGAUGUGUCUCCACCCAAGCCCCCAUUUGGACCUAAACUGUGCCAUUUAAACUGUCACUUCCAAGUUCAGAGUCUAAACUAAACCGAAACAUUGUCACUCAAAGACGACAGUGACUGCCUCAUGGGGUGUGGAGAGUGAAGUCCAGCUCGGGUUUUCAGAGCGGGGGCUCUCUGAAUCCUGGAACCCUCUCCCCAAAUUCGGGAGGGGAGGAGCCUCUGGUGUCCCCCUCCCCCGGGGCAGAGGCAAUCCUGAACCUCUUCUCUUCGGCAAACAUUCACAUUUCACUGUUUCCAAAGCAUGUACUCUGCCAAACAAUACCCAGUCCUAUUCCAAACCAUUAACAAUUGUGUGUUCCUUUUUUUCUAUGUAUUUAUGGUUGCCGCUGUGUCUGAUUUUAUUUUUGUUGUUGUUUCCUAAUUUUACUGAGUAGCAAUGUGACCUAUUUUCCUUUGUCUCAUGGAACUUAGUAAACUAACCACUGUCGACGACUGGGGACAGGCGAUAGGUGGGGAUAAGGGGGGCUUGGCAAACUGUGGCUGCCUGGGCAUUUGUGGUCAUUUCAGGCUACAAUAUCUCCCCUCCGGUGAAAGGCUACAGUAUUUUGGGUUGGUAGGCAAAUUGCAACAUUCUGGAAAUGGCCUGAGAAAGGCUUCUUCCUAUAAGAUUCGCAGACCAAAUUCUAGACCAAAGACACAUGCAGACCAAGUCCCCAGGCCCUGCCUGGAAGGAAGGUCAGCCACUUUACCCAAGCCCGCUCCUCGACAAUCUCCCGGUGCACCUGUCUCCGGUUGGACCCUCUUGUCUACCCACCCUAGCCCUUGUGUAUCUGCAGAACUUGGCUCUGUGAGUACAAGGUGUAAUAAUGCGUGACUUUUAUAUGUCUCCACAUAAAGGAAACUUGUAUUUGGAGCUCAUGACUCUGGUCCUCCUGUCUCUGGAGAACAGGCAUUCCGCCCGCUCUCUGCCUUGGGAUGGGUCAGAAAUCCUGGUGCCCCCACGUAGCCCAGUCGGCCGGCUCUGAGAAGGGAUGCAAGGGAGAUGGUUAAAGAACUUUCUGAGGCUUCAGAAAUGGGUAAGGGCCUCAGGAUAAAUCUCACCCAGGGAGAUGCUUCAGCGAGCCUGACACGGGUCGUGUCAGUCCCUGCAGUGGACCUUCCUGCAUGGUCAAUGCCUCCCCAUCAACGCCCUUGUAAAAUGGGGGAAAUGAGGUCCGGGGUGAGGAAGAGACUGGGCACAGAGAGCAGGGACUGGAGCCAGACUGUCUGCAGUCAGUUCCAGCUGCUCCAGUUCUCCAAGGGGUGUGUGGCGAGUGGUGAGUGCAGCUCCCCAUGGUUCUCCCGGAAGACCAAAGACGAGCCUUUAUGAAAAAGGAAAGCGCUCUGUCCCCCAGCAUUCAGGGACGAGGAGAGCAGCACCCCCACCCUCUCACCAUCCUCGGGCCCGCCGGACCUCACGCUGCGGCUCCGUGGGACGGGUGACUGCACCCAACAACCCUCUGAGCUAGGAAUUGAGAUCCCGGUUGCAUGUGAGGAAACUGAGGCCCAGUGAAGCCAGUUGGUGUACAAGAGGCAGAAUCCUUUAGGCAAGAUUUAGCCUGAGGCCAUGCAGGACAUUCCCAGGGAGCAAGAAGUGGCCUUGGGGGAUUUCUGGGUGAUGCACAGCCCCCUCUGUGUACCUUUGUUCCCUCAUUCUCACCCCAGAUCCCCAGCACACACCCCCCCCCCCCCCGAGAAGGUGGUGAAGCACAAGGGGAGUGAGCCAGCCUCAGCCUAGCACGGGGUGAUCAGUGUCACCCAGGUGCCACCACGUAGUGGUCCAUGGCCCAGUCGGAAUCUUCCCAACACUGCCCUUCUGGACCAGGCAAUGCUCUGGGCAGCCAGUGCUAAAGGCAGAGGUGCCUUCCUUCCCCUCAAGCCUCAGACACAGGCCAGGAAGGAUCCAAGAGAAACAUCGAGGCCCCUCCGGCCCGAGACCCCAGUGUCAGGCAGCCCCAGGCUGGGCUGUCCACGUGGAUGCUGUACAUAGCACCGUGCAAAAAUCCAACAAGCACAAACCAAACCAAGUCCCAGAUAUGAAAACUCAGAGAGGGGCGUGAGCAACCCGGAAGCCAGAGAACAGCAUUUCCCUCGCCCCCAGCACCCUGUUGACGCCUGGCCCUCAGAACGCUCUUGUUUUAAUAGGAAGCUGUGUUUCAUUGUUCUCUUGUGGGUGUCACUACAGACGUGUUCUGACAGUUCCCUGAAGGAUGGAGCAUCUUGUUAUAUAUUUGGCUUCAAAUUGAGAUGUUGGCUCCAUUUCUUUCUUUUUUUUUCCCCAAUUAAUUUUCGAAUCCCUAGCAACUGUGACUCUGUAUUUAGCACAAGAGAAAGCUGAGAACGUGGGUCUUGCCUCCUUCCAGAAAUAUGUCUGGCUCAUCAGGACUUUUUUUUAAAACUUCAAAAUAUUUUUAAGAUAUUUUAAACUUUUGUAAAAAAAAAAAUCAACCAACGAGACUCUUCUGAGGAGGAACAUUUGUAUCUGAAUAAGAUCCUUGGUGUGUAAUUCAGUCUUGCAGUAUACAAGCUUUUGUGUAUAAAUGUUUUAUGAUAUGAAUCCCUGUAUUUUGCAGGGCUUUUCUUUUCCUCUUUUGCUUUUUAGAUAAAUAUGUAUAUCGAUAUUUUAAAUUCAUCUUUGCUUUUUUUUAGAGGAGUUUGUAAUCACCUUAUAACAUGAAAAUAAACAUUUCCUUUUUAAAA